CUUUUCUGAACGCACUCAGCUCUCGUCUAGAUAAUGGCGAUAUAUAUGAGUACGAAUUCAGAUCUGACGUUGUUUCUCGAUGGAAAUCUUAGUGUUUGGUCGAUGAAGAUAGAUUCGAAGUCCCCGUGUAUUUUCCUCUGGAUUUUUUACUUCAAAUUUUUGCUGUGAAUACCUGGGGAGCCGGGCCGCCUUUUGGCAUACGGGAAUCACAUGCGAGUGAAAGAUAAAUGUGCCAAAGGCUAAUGAAACUUAUCUUAUACCAGAAACUAUCGAUUAGAAGUUAAUGCUCUGAUUCUAAGACCGCCCGAGGAAAUUUGAAGAAGUCAUGGAAUCAAGAUAUAGCCUGGCUUAGCCAUAAGGAUUAGCUUGCCCUCAUCAUAAUGUUCUAAACAUUUAGAGGGCAAAAUAUAGUGUAACAAAAUUCAGCGUCCAAGUUCUGGGGCCGAGUUGCCCCAUAGCAACGACUUUACCCCUUUGCCCAUCGUCCGGAGGGCGAAUUCAUUGCAAAACAUGAUGAUGGAUGAAGACAUUGAGAAGGCCAGUCUGUUGUCUUACAGUGACAGGCCGAGGACUUUCCCAGACAUGCGUAGUAAAUCCUAUACUCCGCUGAUAUUCCGGAUUCUUAGGAGUCUAAAUGUCCGUGUUCUUUCUAUACUUCUGCUUUUUUGCCUUGGGGCAAUCUUUUACAUGGGAGCUAGUACUUCCCCCAUCAUUGUGUUUGUCUUCACAGUAUGCAUCAUCAGCUUCCUGUUGUCAAUAUAUCUGACUAAGUGGGUAUUAGCAAAGGAUGAAGGGCCUCCAGAGAUGGUCCAGAUAUCAGAUGCUAUACGUGAUGGAGCUGAAGGCUUCUUCAGAACUCAGUAUGGUACAAUAUCCAAGAUGGCAUUCCUGCUAGCUUUUGUGAUUCUUUGCAUAUACUUGUUCCGUAACACAACCCCUCAGCAAGAAUCUUCUGGUUUAGGAAGUUUCUGUUCUAGGGCAAUGUCUGCAUAUAUUACUGUGGCUGCAUUUCUUUUGGGGGCUCUAUGUUCGGGUAUUGCAGGUUAUGUUGGGAUGUGGGUAUCAGUCCGUGCUAAUGUGCGGGUCUCCAGUGCAGCUAGACGAUCUGCCAGAGAGGCAUUGCAGAUAGCAGUUCGUGCUGGUGGAUUCUCUGCCCUGGUUGUUGUUGGUAUGGCUGUGAUUGGUAUAGCUAUCCUUUAUUCUACAUUUUAUGUUUGGCUGGGUGUGGAUUCACCGGGCUCGAUGAAGGUUACUGAUUUGCCUCUUCUCCUUGUUGGAUAUGGUUUUGGUGCUUCGUUUGUGGCCUUGUUCGCUCAGUUGGGGGGUGGAAUAUUUACUAAAGCCGCUGAUGUUGGAGCAGAUCUGGUCGGAAAAGUAGAGCAGGGUAUUCCUGAAGAUGAUCCUCGAAACCCUGCUGUUAUUGCUGAUUUGGUUGGAGAUAAUGUGGGGGACUGUGCUGCUCGAGGUGCUGACUUAUUUGAAAGUAUAGCUGCUGAAAUUAUCAGUGCAAUGAUACUUGGUGGAACAAUGGCUCAGAAGUGUAAAAUCGAAGAUGCAUCUGGCUUUAUCCUAUUCCCUUUAGUUGUUCAUUCAUUUGACUUGGUAAUAUCCUCAGUCGGCAUUCUUUCUAUCAAGGGAACACGUGAUGCUAGCAUUAAAGCCCCAAUUGAAGAUCCGAUGGUUGUACUUCAGAAAGGAUAUUCUUUGACGAUCAUAUUAGCUGUUUUGACUUUUGGUGUGUCCACUCGCUGGUUGCUAUAUACCGAACAAGCACCUUCUGCUUGGUUGAAUUUUGCCUUGUGUGGGUUGGUUGGCAUCGUUACAGCCUAUGUAUUCGUCUGGAUAUCCAAAUAUUAUACCGACUACAAGCACGAGCCUGUCCGAACAUUGGCUCUCGCUAGCUCCACCGGUCAUGGAACCAAUAUAAUUGCUGGGGUCAGCUUGGGUCUGGAAUCGACGGCUCUUCCUGUUCUGGUUAUAAGUGUAGCUAUCAUAUCUGCUUUUUGGUUGGGUAAUACCUCGGGACUGGUGGAUGAAACUGGAAAUCCUACAGGCGGUCUAUUUGGCACGGCUGUAGCUACAAUGGGAAUGCUAAGCACUGCUGCUUAUGUUCUUACUAUGGACAUGUUUGGCCCCAUAGCCGAUAAUGCUGGUGGAAUCGUUGAGAUGAGCCAGCAACCAGAGAGUGUUCGUGAGAUCACCGAUAUUCUAGAUGCUGUUGGGAACACCACAAAAGCAACGACGAAAGGGUUUGCCAUUGGAUCUGCUGCUCUUGCGUCAUUCCUUCUCUUUAGCGCCUAUAUGGAUGAGGUUUCAGCUUUUGCUCAUGAAUCUUUCAAAGAGGUUGAUAUCGCCAUCCCAGAAGUUUUCAUCGGUGGAUUGUUGGGUUCUAUGCUUAUUUUCCUAUUCAGUGCUUGGGCUUGCUCAGCAGUUGGUCGAACUGCCCAGGAGGUCGUCAACGAAGUAAGGAGACAAUUCAUUGAGAGGCCUGGCAUAAUGGACUACAAGGAGAAGCCGGAUUACGGUCGCUGUGUUGGAAUUGUUGCAUCUGCAGCUUUGAGGGAAAUGAUAAAGCCUGGAGCUUUGGCUAUAGGCUCACCAAUUGUAGUUGGUCUUAUGUUCCGGAUUUUGGGAUAUUACACGGGACAUCCGCUUCUCGGGGCUAAAGUAGUAGCGGCCAUGCUCAUGUUUGCGACAGUGUCUGGUAUAUUGAUGGCUCUUUUCCUCAACACAGCGGGAGGCGCUUGGGACAAUGCGAAGAAAUACAUAGAGACUGGAGCUCUCGGAGGCAAAGGAAGCGAUUCCCACAAAGCAGCGGUUACCGGUGAUACUGUGGGCGAUCCAUUCAAAGACACAGCAGGACCGUCACUUCAUGUGCUCAUCAAAAUGCUUGCGACCAUCACCCUUGUCAUGGCUCCUGUCUUCCUUUGAACGACCGGUCAGUCGGCACAAGAAGCUUAGAAAGAUCUCUAAAAUGGAUUUGAAAAUCAGGUUCUCAUCGUCAGGACCUCUGCUCUUUCGUGGAUAGACGAAUACCAAUUUUCGGGUACCUGAUUCACGGUUCAAAUCGGAUAUUUUUAUAUGCCCAACUAGACCAAACAGUUUAAAAGUAUAGGGAUUCGAUUUCGUUUUCCUUUUAAAUGGUACUGUUUGAGACAAAGAAUCAAUGGCGUCCAAAAUUUUUGGAAGGUCCAAUAACACUUUUUUUUUCAAA